CAUCGCAAAUACUAUUUUGGCCUUUCUAUUUGGUGUAACAACUGACUACAUUGUCAACAAAGGAUGGGUCAGCUUAACUGUUGGAAGAAAAAUUGCCAAUACCAUUGGUUCCAUGGGUCUUGGUGUAGCAAUGCUGGUUUUGGGUUUGUAUCAGGAAAACGCUACUUCAACUUUAGCUACCGUACUUUUGGUAUUAGCUGGUGGGAUAAGUGCUGCUUCGACUGGAGGGUUCUUGUGUAACCAUUUGGAUCUGUCCCCUGUUUAUGCUGGCACAAUUAUGGGAAUCACAAACACGAUUUCGAACGCUCUGUCGAUCUUUAGUCCACUACUCGUCGGAGUGUUUGUCAAAGAUAAAACAAACUCUAGUCAAUGGUCGAACGUGUUUUAUUUGACAGCUGGGAUAAAUUUCCUGGGUGGAUUAUUUUACGUCGUAUUUGCCACAGGUGAGAGACAGGAGUGGAAUUACUACGACAAACAACAGAAAAAAGACGAAGAAAACAGUGAAUCUGAAGGACAUCUACACAAAUGA